UGGCCUGCUUCUCUGGCCACCAUCCUCUCCUCCACAAUGAUGGGUCUGUGUCUCCCCAGAGGCCCCUGUGUAGCAGCUGCGGUCCUGACGCUGAUGGCCCUGAGCCCUCCUGUGGCUUUGGUCAGGGACCCCCGACCACGUUUUCUGGAGCAGCUGAAGGCUGAGUGUCAUUACCUCAAUGGGACAGAGCACGUGAAGAUUGUGACCAGAUUCAUCUAUAACCAGGAAGAGUUUGUAAACUUUGACAGUGACAUUGGGAAGUUCCUGGCAGUGACUGAGCUCGGGAAGCCCAUAGCUGAGGACUUGAACAGCCAGAAAGAAGUAUUGGACCAUUAUCGGGCCUCAGUGGACAGGUGCAGAAAUAGCUACAGACUUGUUGAUUGGUUCCUGUUGAACGUAAAAGCUGAGCCCCAUGUGACCGUGUACCAGACAAAGACGCAGCCCCUGGAGCACCAAAACCUCCUGGUCUGCUCUGUGAGUGGCUUCUACCCCGGCCACAUUGAAAUCAGAUGGUUCCGGAAUGGCCAGGAGGAGAAGACUGGAGUCGUGUCCACAGGCCUGAUCCGGAAUGGAGACUGGACCUUCCAGAUCCUGGUGAUGCUGGAGACGGUUCCUCAGAGUGGAGAGGUUUACACCUGCCAGGUGGAGCAUCCCAGCCUGAGCAGCCCUGACACAGUGGAGUGGAGAGCUCCAUCGACAUCUACACAGAACAAGAUAUGGAGUGGGGUUAUAUUCGUGCUGGGUCUGCUGCUGCCCAUAGGACAGUUCAUGUACUUCAGGAACCCAAGAGGACUCCUGACUGACUGAGGUGACAAGGCUGAAGGAAGGAGCUUCUGCUGUCUCCAUGGCUCCAGUUCCUCCAUUGACAGUGCUGCCCCAGGACCUGGCUCCUCCUGGCUCUGGACCCUGCAGACCUGCGCUCCAUGAUGGCUGACUUAGCCCCUGCUGGAGCCUGGCAUCACAGGACAGAAGUCCCCUCCUCCCCUGUCCUUCCCCCUCGUAUUCCCCUGUCCUUUGUCUUGUGCAUACGAGCCCAUCCUGUGACAGGAUCCCUCAUCACUUUCUUCCUCAAAUGAGCAUGCGGGUUUGAAGACAGAUAUAGAAAUCAGAGAGGAAAGAUUACAUCACCACAACAUGGCUUUCAUUUAGUUAUAAGUAUAUGCGGUAAUGCACAUGCUGAUUCUGAAUUAAAUAUGUGUGUGUGUGUGUGUCCGUGUGUGUCUCUGUAUAUGUGAGUGCCCGUGUAUGUGUAUGUACAUGUAGUGUUUGUGUCCCUUUACGUGUCUGUGUAUAUGUCUGUGUGUGUAUCCCUGUGUGUGUGCAUGUAUGUGUGAGUCUGUGUGUGUAUCAAUCUCUGUGUGUGUGUCUGUGUGUGUGUGUGUGUGUGUGUAAAUCAAACAGCAUACUCUACCCUGUAAUCACAUAUGUAUCCCUGAUUGCACUACAGACUAGGCUGGCCUCAAACUCACAGAAAUCUACCUGCCCCUGUCUCUGAUAGGUUAGAAUUAAAUGCAUGUACUACCACACCCAACUGGCUUGAACUUUUCUAUUAAAAAAUCAAAGGCAGUUCCUAAGCAUUGAAAACAACCAUAGAGAUGUAAACAAGUGUGACAGUGUAAACAGCAGGGAUCAGGCUGUCAUAGUAACCCACAACAUAGCACGAGGCUGAUCAGAUGUCUUAAUGACAACACUGUGCAAAUGAGUUCAGAUUGAGCCUGAGAUUAGGCUCACACAAUGGACAUCUGUCCCUCUGUGGACUGGCUCUGAGAGAGAUGCUGAGUAUUGGAUCCACUGAGAUCUGAAGAAUUAGUUUCAAAGUAUAUCCAAGAAGGGGGCCAUCGAUAAAGGUUCCUGGCUGGCAGUCACCUUCAGUCACCUCCUUUGCUCCCACAGGCUUCAGACACACAGAUGAGCUUGCAGCAGCCCUGUGUAGGAGGUGAGCGCUCCCCAGUGCAGAGUGAGGGAUGAAUGAGGGACUGCGGUGGAGCUGGCUCAGCACUGCGGCCUGAUUAAUGUCUCAGCUGCAACUGGAUCAAUCAGUAAAAACACCAAAUAAAAAAAUCCUUUGAGGAA